CCCCAUCUCGUACGACAGUCCCAAGCCGAGUGGCCACACGCGUUUUGUGUGUGUGUCGGACACACACUCACGGACAGAUGGUAUCCAGAUGCCUUACGGGGAUGUUCUGCUGCACACGGGGGACUUCACCGAGCUGGGCCUACCCUCGGAGGUCAAGAAGUUUAAUGACUGGUUAGGUGGCCUGCCGUACGAGUUUAAAGUGGUGAUCGCGGGGAAUCAUGAGCUGACCUUCGAUAAGGAUUUCAUGGCGGAGCUGGUCAAGCAGGAUUACUAUCGCUUUCCAUCCGUGUCCAAAUUGAAACCCGAGGACUUUGACAAUGUUCAGUCUCUCCUGACAAACUGUGUUUACCUGCAGGACUCUGACGUCACCGUCAAGGGCUUUCAAAUAUAUGGCGCGCCAUGGUAA